AUGGCACAGUCCAGCACAGCAUGGCACAGUCCAGCACAGCAUGACACAGUCCAGUACAGCAUGGCACACUCCAGCACAGCAUGGCACAGUCCAGCACAGCAUGGCACAGUCCAGCACAGCAUGACACACUCCAGCACAGCAUGGCACAGUCCAGCACAGCAUGGCACAGUCCAGUACAGCAUGGCACAGUCCAGCACAGCAUGGCACAGUCCAGCACAGCAUGGCACAGUCCAGCACAGCAUGGCACAGUCCAGCACAGCAUGGCACACUCCAGCACAGCAUGGCACAGUCCAGCACAGCAUGGCACAGUCCAGUACAGCAUGGCACAGUCCAGCACAGCAUGGCACAGUCCAGCACAGCAUGGCACAGUCCAGCACAGCAUGGCACAGUCCAGCACAGCAUGGCACAGUCCAGCACAGCAUGGCACACUCCAGCACAGCAUGGCACAGUCCAACACAGCAUGGCACAGCCUCAUACAGCAUGGCACAGUCCAGUACAGCAUGGCACAAUCCAGCACAGCAUGGCACAGUCCAACACAGCAUGGCACAGCCCAGCACAGCAUGGCACAGUCCAGCACAGCAUGGCACACUCCAGCACAGCAUGGCACAGUCCAGUACAGCAUGGCACAGUCCAGCACAGCAUGGCACAGUCCAGCACAGCAUGGCACAGUCCAGCACAGCAUGGCACAGUCCAGCACAGCAUGGCACACUCCAGCACAGCAUGGCACAGUCCAGCACAGCAUGGCACAGUCCAGCACAGCAUGGCACUGGCUAA